AUGGCCGCGCCGUCGACUGCUGCCGUGCUACCUAGCCGUGGCCAGGAGGGGGCUGGGAUGGACCGAGGGGGGCCCCGUAUGGGGGUGGUGGGUGAGGGGGGUAGUGGGAGGGGGGAACCGGUGGCGCGGGCCUCCUGCACGACAAGCGGGAUGUACGUCGGUCUGUAUCUCAAGGUCCCCCGACCGCAGUUGUGGACGGCGGAGCGGCCUCACCUCUACACCCUAGUGGUGUCGAUGCACCGGGUGGGCCCUCACGGGGAGGUCAACGAGGAGGAAGCGCCGCUGCAGUGCGAGAGCUCGCGCGUGGGUUUCCGGAAGAUCGAGAUCUCCGGGGGACAGCUGCGGGUGAACGGCCGAGCGAUCACGGUGGCGGGCGCCAACCGGCACGAGCACGACGACUCGGGGGGCAAGGUCGUCCCGCUGGAGUCCAUGGUCCGAGACGCUCUGGUGAUGAAGCGCCACAACUUCAACGCAGUGAGGACGAGCCACUACCCGAACCACCCGUUUUUCUACGAGGUCUGUGACCGUCUGGGGCUUUACGUCGUGGACGAAGCGAACAUCGAGACCCAUGGGAUGGAGCCGACGCCUUCCAGGCUGACCAGAGAUCCCGAUUGGCAAGAGGCCCACAUCGAGCGUCUUAAGGGCAUGGUGGAGCGCGACAAGAACCACCCUAGCAUCAUCUCGUGGUCUCUUGGGAACGAGGCCGGCCUGGGGCCGGCGCACUACGCCAUGUCCAAGUGGCUCCGCGUGCGAGACCCUUCCAGGAUCAUCAUGUACGAACCGGCGAUGUUCGAAGGCUCCCCUCCGGCGGCUGCGUCUCGCCGGCAGCAACACCACCAAGAGCAGGAGCAGGAACAAGGCUCCUCCGCCACAGACGUGAUCUGCCCCAUGUACGCCCGCGUAGAAGAGUGCGUCCGGUUCCUCCAGGAAGACGACCGAAAGUUAGCGAAAUCAGAUGACAACGGCGGCGGCGGCGGCGGCGGCGGCGGGCGUCCGCUUAUCCUUUGCGAGUACAGCCACGCCAUGGGCAACAGCAACGGGAACCUCCACAAGUACUGGGAGCUGUUCCGCUCGAACCCCCGCUGCCAGGGGGGCUUCGUCUGGGACUGGGUGGACCAGGGGCUGAGCACAACCAUCCCCGGUCCCCCCGGGGGGGCGGGGGAGGUGGAGACUUGGGGGUACGGGGGCGAUUUCGGGGAGCCGGUGAAUGAUGGGAACUUCUGCGUGAACGGCGUGGUGUGGCCGGACCGCACGCCGCAUCCGGCAUUGGAAGAGUUCAAGUACCUCAUGCAACCCUUCCACGCCUCCAUCCUCCCGAAUGGGGUCACCACCACCACUCUCCGCCCCAGCGCCCCCUCCCCCACGACCGUCACCCUCUCCAUCGCCAACCGGUACGACUUCACCGACAACCUGUGGGACAUUCUCGUGUUCGGAUGGCACGUGGAGGUAGACGGCGUGGUGAUGGCGAGAGGAGACGACCUGUCGCCGUCCUCCCCUCCUCCCCCGAGCAGCGACGACAACGAUCGGGAGCCAGGGGCGACGCAAAAUCAGGGCGGGGGGGAUGAUGCAUCGGGUUUUCCUGCGGCCGCGGGGGAAGGCGGCGGAGCCGGCGCUGGCAGAGUUACGGCCGCGACAUUGAUCUUCGAAUCGCUACCGUCGUUGACGGAGGGCGUUGAGAAGGAGUGCUGGCUGACGGUGACGGGGCGGCUGCGGGUGGCGACGGCGUGGGCCCCAGCGGGGCACAAGGUCGGACACGUGCAGCUGGAGCUGCCGAGGAGCCCCGAAAGCAGCGCGGGAGCGGAGACAAGCGGAGCAGCAGCAGCAGCAGCGGCAGCAGCGGCCGUGACCGAUGACAGCGCCGCUGCCGGAUCGGAACCAGCGGUGGUGGUGGUUGAGGAGCACGCCGAUGUCGACGGCGGCGGCGAAAUAUUGACCGUUUCAGUCCCGCCUCCGGACGGCGGUGGCGACAGCGGUGUUCGGGCUGUAUUCGACAUGCAAAGCGGCCGCCUGUCCCAGCUGCAGCUUCUGGGCGGCGACGAGGGCGAUGCGGUUGAUCUGUUGGAGGCCGUCGAGGGUGAUGAUGAUGAUGAUGGGGUCGAUGGCGAAGGCGAGCACUCGCGCCGAGCUCUGGGCCUCCAGUUCAACCGAGCGCCGACGGACAACGACCGCGGGGGCUACGUGGGGCGUUGGGACGUGGCAGGCCUGCUGGAACCGGCGCUGGGACCGUUCGGCGCCCGCUCCGGGUGGGAGAGGAGAGAGGCCGACGGUGCCGUCUUGGUCACAACGGAGUUCAAGCUGAGGCCGCGUGCGCCGAAGCCCAGGCUGUGCAAGCUCUUCUACAAGCUCCGAGCGUUCCGAGACGAAGCCGAGGCGUGUUCUUCUUCCUCUUCCUCUUCCUCCUCCUCCUCCUUAACGACCCUCUCCCUGCAAAGCCUGCGGGACGACGAGGUCUCCUUCGUACGGGCCACGGCGGCGGCGUGGCGGCUAGGCCACGCCGCGGAGGAUAACAGCGGCGGCGGCGGGAAGGGCGUCCGCGUGUGGCUGCCCCCCGUUCGGCUCAACUCUACGCACGACGUGGCCGCCGGCAUGAGCGUGGCCCCUGAGACCGCGGUAGGGGAUGCCGAGGGCGUUGGGGGAGGGGACGACGAUGACGACGCGGAUGGUGUUGAAGAUUUCGAUGCGGGCGAGUUCGAGUGCAGGGUCUGCUACGCUGUUCUGCCUUCCGGCGUGCUGACGGUGGAGAGUGAUGUCUCUAUGCCGGAACACUGGCCGGUCGUCCCGAGGGUCGGCCUCCGCAUCCUUCUCCCGGGAGACUUCUCCUCGAUCCGGUGGUUCGGCCGCGGGCCGCACGAGAACUACCCGGACAGGAAGGCGUCUACCGUCGUGACCAGACACGCCUCCUCCGUCGCGGAGCAGCUGACGCCCUACAUCAGGCCCGGGGAGUGCGGCGGCAAGGCGGACGUGCGCUGGCUGGAGGUGAGCCGUCCGGCUCAGAACCGGGCACCGGCGGCGGCGGGCAUCGGCGGGGUUAGCAACGCAGCUGCCGCCACCGCGCCAGCUUCCUCCUACGCCUUCGGUGAGCCUGCUAUCCUCUUCGCUGUUCCUGCGGCCACCGCCACGGAGAGCGGCGAAGAAGGCGAUGCAGACGCCAGCGAGCAGCAGCACCAGCAGCAGCACCAGCAGCACCAGCAGCAAGCGGACUCGUCGCCGUCCCUGUUCUCCUUCAGCGCACUGCCCCACCUAGCGGAAGACCUUGCGGGGGCCAUGCACCCCGAGCAGCUCCCCCCGCGGCCCGUCACGGCUGUCAGCCUGGACCACCGGAUCAUGGGGGUCGGCGGCGACGACUCGUGGAGCGCCUGCGUCCACGACGAGUAUCUGGUGAGGCCGGGGCGGUUCAGGUUUUCGUUCGCGCUGGCCCCGUUCUGGCGCCGCCGCCGCCGCGUAGCCGACAACGGGGGCUGUGAGAACGACGGCGGCGAGCAGGCAAGCGAGCUUUGGCGAGCUUUGAGGCAGGGGAAGGAGCUUUGAAAGCUCGAAACACUAGGCUUGGAGGUGCAAGCAAGCGGAUCGCUUGGACAACUAAAUCCCUCCGUCCCCUCGCCCCCUAGAGAGCGCGUGAGGGGUGAGUGGAAGGAGGCGAAUGAACGGUGGGAUUAUUCGAGCCUUCGGGUGAAGGGAGUGGAGUGGCGGGGGGGUUAUGACGCAGAAUUGCGGUCUGUGCAUCGGGAGGGACGGGAAAACACCCUUUCGACAGGUGAAAUCUAAGGAUGUCUAGAGAGUACACGCUUUACACGCUUUGAGAGCCACUGUAGGGAGUAGGCGCACAAUCUCAUCCGGGUUACAAGUCGACGGGGGCGUAGUCGAAACCAAGCGCGUUUGAAACGUAUCCCCAAGCGCUGAAUCUUGUUGUCCGUAAGCCUUGCGAAAACAACCAAACGCGAUGCACCCACGUGGUCAUGGGUAAAAUUUUCACCUAGAAAACGCCUUGACUACGUUUCAACCGUACCCGCCAAGGGAACCC